UCAGCGAGGCUAUUAUGUACCUGUGCCUUGGUUCCUACCUCGCUCUGUGCGCGCUGGCCGCAAGCGUUGGCUGCGCACCGAUCAUGCAGGACUCCCAGGACAAUGCAGAAAACGGGCACAGUUUAAUCACGAAGAUACUGAAUGACAUUCCCGCAGCGCACAAGUCCUGGAUAAAUAUCGCGAGUAUGUCAUUGGACGAAGUCGACAAAUUCCAGUACUUGAAAGAGCAACUUAAUUUUCCUGCGGCUCCCCGUCUUCAGCUCAUCUCGGAUAACUUUACGCUGCACGAUUGCCUGAGUCGGAUCAGCGAGGGUCUCAGUCUACACAAAGCCCUACUGAAGGUCAUCCGUAAGAAGAUGACCAGUGCUUCAGCGGAAGUCAAUGAGCUCCUGUUCGACAUUCGAGAUCUUGCACUGCUGGUCCAGAAGAUGCGGACUCUCGCACCGGCGCCAGCAGCGGGCGCUCCGCCAGUCCGGGUGAUAUCGGAGAACCGGCUGGAAGAGGACCUGCGCCCCGGGCUGAGCAGCGAGUACUUGGUGAAACUGGCAGCCCACCUCACCCUGCUCCAGCUCCGGCAAUUCGGUCAGGACGUCAGCCGUAGCUUUCAGAGCAUGCAGGAUGGGCAGACCCCCACGCCAUAGCCGCCCCGCCACGCUGCGUCUGCAGGAAGCCGUCCUGCCGCUUUUUUCCCCGACGGCUGCGCAGAUAGAGCAGGAUGUGAGGUUGUUCUCCACUAGCACUGCAUUUGCAGUUGAGCUGUUUACUGUUUACUAUUGUGUGUUUGCAAGGCUAGCAUGUGUUCACGUGUUUGUCUGGAAUAGAGUAUGUAUUGUAUUUAUUUAAUUCAGUAUUUAUUCAUAUUUAUUAUUGACACAUGGCCUUUUUCACUAUUUAUAAAUAUUUAUUUUGAACUCCUGACCUAUUUCAUUAUUUAUAAAUGUCUAUUUUGAACACAUGACCUAUUUCACUAGGAGAAAACAGCAUAGUCACUCGCACAUCCUAGGGUGUUUGACAGUGACAGUGAUAAUUUUUAAACCACAUGUCUCUGAGGAGCCCAGAUUAGUGUAUUCAUGUCUUCAUGUCAUGCUACCCUUCUCUAGCAUGGGCCUUACCUGCUCUGUCUGUGUGUGUGUGUGUGUGUGUGUGUGUGUGUGUGUGUGUGUGUGUGUGUGUGUGUGUG